CAAAUAUUUCUUAAGGUAUGGCUAACUCCCUAAACAACAUCCUUCCCACUAAAAUCACCCUACCCUUAUUUGUAGCUUUGUUUCUCCUUUAUCUAUCGUUCCCUCUAGUGGUUUACUCAUCAUACGAUAUUUUAGCCCUGAAUUGUGGCCAUUCCAUUGAUACUACCUUUGAAAACCGAACCUGGGUUGGUGACAUCGAAAAUACCAAACUGUUUUCUAUCACUGAUUCUGUCAAAGCCAAACCAACUCCUAACUCUGAUUCUGUUACCCAAAUUCCAUUUACCUCAGCGCGUAUUUCUUUUUCAAAUUUCACAUUCUCAUUCCCUUCGAUCACUAAUGGCCCGGUCUUUCUUCGCCUCCAUUUUUACCCGACAUCUUAUCAAAACUUUGAAACCUCACAUGCUUCCUUCACCGUCGAAGUAGGAAAUCAGUUUACCCUUCUCAAAGACUUUAACCCCUCACUUUGGCUUCAAAACGAUAACAAGACAAUCGUCAAAGAAUACUGCAUCCAAGUCAAACCUAAUGAGAGUCUUAACUUAACUUUUAUUCCCGAAAUCACAAACCAAUUCAAUGCUUUUGCUUUCAUCAACGGAAUCGAAAUUGUGUCUAUGCCUUCUUUUCUCUAUUACACUAAUCUCAGUGACACAAAUUAUCAUAUAAAUUCUCUUGGCUUUGGCAACAACAACAGCGAAAGCCAAAUUCGUAAAGACAAAGCUUUGGAAACCGUUUAUAGAGUCAGUGUUGGUGGUAGUCAAGUUCCAUCAAAUGAAGAUACAGGUAUGUUUCGUUAUUGGGAGGAUGAUUAUCCUCGUUACUCGAAGAAACAAUAUCCACCGAGUAUAUCAUCUGAUUACUUACAUGGUCUCAACUAUGUAAAGAAUACCAUUCCAAAUUAUACUGCACCAGAAGCUGUUUACUUAACUGCAAGAACUUAUGGAAUGAAUGAAACACACAAUUAUAAUGUAACUUGGAACUUUGAAGUUGAUUCUGCUUUUACUUAUAUGGUAAGGUUACAUUUUUGUGAGUUUGAUUCGCAUAUCAAGAACAUCGGUGAUAGAGUUUUUCAGAUUUUCAUAGCUAACACUUUGGCGGAGGAAAAGGCUGAUGUGAUAAGGUGGAGUGGUGGUAACAAGAUUCCAGUUCAUAAGGAUUAUGCUGUGACUAUGGACACUCAACAAGGAAGCUCUCAAAUUGAAAGAGUUAAUCUUACAAUCAAGCUACAACGAUUACCAAAAGAUAUGUACACGAUUUACCGUGAUGUCAAGCUAAAUGGAAUCGAGAUUUUGAAAAUAAGUGACAACAAUAAAAAUCUUGCAGGAUCAAUAUCAAAAUCAGUUGAUCUAUCUAACAAAUUUUCAACUGAAUCGCCAAAGAAAUUUAAGAUCACAACAACUAUCGGUGAUGCGAUUGCACUUUCAAGCAUCGUGCUAAUAAUUGUUGGGGGAGUUACAAUUUUUUGGCUAAGAGUAAUUGUUGUGGGAAUCGCAAUUUUUUGGCUAAGAGGAAGAUUUCAAAACUUCAUUGAAGGUAUCGUGCCCAAGACAAAGAAUCAAGGGUCAUCAUCUUUGCCGCCCCAUUUUUGUCGCUACUUUACAUUGGAGGAGAUCAAAGCGGCUACAAACAACUUCGAUGAUGUUUCCAUCAUUGGCGUUGGAGGGUUUGGCAAUGUGUACAAAGGUUUUAUUGAUCGAUCCACACCUGUUGCGAUAAAACGCCUUAAACAGGGAUCUCAACAAGGCGCCAACGAGUUCAUGAACGAGAUUGAAUUGCUCUCCCAACUUCGCCAUAUUCACUUGGUAUCCCUUGUCGGUUAUUGUAAUGAUGACACGGAGAUGAUUCUAGUUUAUGAGUUCAUGCAACACGGUACUCUCUCCGAGUAUCUCUAUGGUUCCAAUAACAAGAAAUUACCGUGGAAACUAAGACUUGAGAUUCUAUUGGGAGCAGCAAGAGGGCUCCGUUAUCUUCAUGCUGAGGUGAAACAAAAGAUAAUACACCGUGAUGUGAAGAGCACCAACAUAUUGUUGGAUGAGAAAUGGGUGGCUAAGGUUUCUGACUUCGGAUUGUCCAAGGUGGGACCCAUGGGGAUAUCGACUAUCCAUGUUAGCACAAUGGUGAAGGGUAGUGUUGGGUAUUUGGAUCCUGAAUAUUAUAUGCUUGAAAGGUUGACUCUAAAAUCAGAUGUGUACUCAUUCGGUGUGGUGCUUCUUGAGGUGUUGUGUGCUAGACCACCUUUGGUUCGCGAUAUGGACAAAAAGACAGCUAGUUUAGCUCUUUGGUUUCAAAGAUGUUAUGAUGAAGGUGUGGCAAUAGAACAAAUAGUGGAUCCGUUCCUAAGAGAUUCUAUCCCAAGUGGGUGUUUGAAAUGUUAUUGUGACUUGGCGUUGAGUUGUUUGCAUGAUGAUGGGACUCAACGACCCUCAAUGAGUCAAGUGGUUAGGGAAUUAGAGUUAGCGUUGCAGUUGGUAAUGGGGGAAGAAAGUAGUCAAUUUGAUAAGACCCAAACUGAUGGAACACAUAUGAAAGAAUCACAAGUCUUACAAUCCAUUAGUGACAAAGAAAGUUGCAUGCAUUUCACAAGAUCUCGCACCUACAAGGAGGGCACAAUAACUGCGAGGCCAAGUACUCAGGAACAUUUUCUCUCUAAUAUUGAGAAUUCAAGAUUACGAUCAUAUUCAUGUUAAAACCUUAAAGUUUAUAUUUAGCAAUGCAGAAAAGAUGUUGUUUCAUCGUUGCUUAAAGUUUUUACUAAGUUACGUCUUUUUAUAUUUGAUUAAUUAAAGUUAUUAUUAUCUGAAUUAUAAUUCUUGCACAGUCAAUAAAGAUAAUAAGUAGUUAUUUUAAUUAUUUUCAUCAUCCUAGUCAUGU